AGCCUCAUUGGACAUUUUUACUAAUGUGGGAGAGAAGUAAUUAUUUAAUGUAGCAAAGUAAGAACCUGCAUUUGCAAUUAUAGUUAUCAGCCUUAAGAUUUCCAGAAUUCCUUGCUUACCCUUCAGAGAAAAGCAAUGGGGGUUUUAAUUGAACAUUGGGAUUAUAUAUUAGUUACCUAUGGCUAUCAUGACCCAUCCCAAAGCUUAAUGACUGAAAAUAACAAUACUUUAUUUUAUCUGCAGUUCAGUAGAAGAUCUCCUGAUUUAGGGUGAACUUAUCUGGGUGGCUUUGGAGAUUCUGUAUGCACCUGUUGACAUGUUUGGGAGUUGUCUAGGAACAAAAUACCGACUUCUGUGCAUGGGCCAUGAAGUUUCAAUCGCACUGUAUGUGCGCACCCGCACGUGGUAUUUUAUGCAAGAGCCACACUCAAGGGGCCAACGAGCACGGGGCUCGCGAGCCGCAGUUUCCGGACCUCUGGUCUAGGGCCAAGGAAUCAGUUGAUCAAAGUGGCAAUAGAUAAGAUCUUCCAGCCAAAAAGAGGACUCUUAGUCAAGCUUAGUGAUGCUUGUAUUAAAAAGAAAAAAAGAAAUUAUCCAGGAAAGGAAGUAGAGAGGGAGUCCUUAGAGAGGAAAGCUGGGAGUGCACUCGGCCACAAAGUCCAAAACUGGACUUUAGAAAAGAGGGACCAGUUCAUAUUGAUCUCCCACCCCCGGGAUAUGGGCAGGCAGGGCUCAUGGUUCCUGGAAAGAUGCCAGGCGCAGGCUGCCUGGAAGGGCUGUUUAUCAAAAGUCCCAAUGAGAGCGGCGGGAACAAAGCAGAACCAGCCAGUUUACAUUUGAUUCUGCCCAAAGAUGGUGGUGGUCAUGGAAAACAUGAAACAGCCGCUGUCGUUAAGUGGCGAACAGAACCUGAGCAUCACAGUGUGGAGAUGGAAGGAUCACUUAGAAGCGCGACAGCCAGCCUCCAGGGAGGCCUCCUGGGAGAGGUACCUUCGCUUGAGAGAGGCCAGGAGCGGCAUGUGGGGUGAGAUUCCCGGCGUGGGCCCAGGCCUCUUCCCAGUCCUCCUCCUCCACCUCCGCCACCACCUUGCGGCCACUGAGGCCCCAGUCGGGGGCGGGACGUGCGGUAGCGGCGCCGGCCAGCCUGGCUGAGACCCGGGGGCGAGGGAGCAACCAGCGCCGCGCCACAAAGGAAAGCCAAGGCGACAGCGGCCAAUCAGCGGCCAGCGCGUGCGGCGGCCCCGCCCCUCUCGCCCCGCCCCUCCGCUCCCCUCCGGCGCCGCGCACGUGCGGCGGCCGGCUCCGCCCCCGUGGCGCCCCCGUGGGCGGGUCCUGGGGAAGCCGCGGCCGGUGGGCCCGAUCUGGAGAGCCGCUGCCGCCAUUGUUGCUGUUGCUGCGGUAGCUGCAUCCCCGCGUCCAGGCCGAGGCGGAGGCUGCGCGCUGGGCGAACGCGCCUGAUCGGCGGCUCUCGGCCACACCGGCCCCUGCGGCCGCCGGAGUGUCUCGGCUGGUGCGUGCACUGCCCCGGCGAGGAUGCGGCUGUUCCGGUGGCUGCUGAAGCAGCCGGUGCCCAAGCAGAUUGAGCGCUACUCCCGCUUCUCCCCGUCGCCGCUCUCCAUCAAGCAGUUCCUGGACUUCGGGAGAGACAAUGCGUGUGAAAAAACGUCAUACAGGUUUCUACGGAAGGAGCUUCCUGUGCGCCUGGCCAACUCCAUGAGAGAAGUGAAUCUUCUGCCGGAUAAUUUGCUUACCCGCCCGUCAGUGGGAUUGGUCCAGAGUUGGUACAUGCAGAGCUUCCUUGAACUUUUGGAGUAUGAAAAUAAGAGCCCUGAGGACCCAAAGGUCUUAGAUAACUUUCUACAGGUUCUUAUUCAAGUCAGAAAUAGACACAACGAUGUGGUUCCUACCAUGGCGCAAGGAGUGAUUGAAUACAAGGAGAAGUUUGGGUUUGACCCGUUCACUAGCACUAACAUCCAGUAUUUCCUGGAUCGCUUCUAUACCAACCGCAUCUCCUUCCGCAUGCUUAUCAACCAGCACACGCUUCUGUUUGGUGGUGACACAAAUCCUGCUCAUCCCAAACACAUCGGAAGUAUCGAUCCCGCCUGCAACGUGGCCGAUGUCGUGAAAGAUGCCUAUGAAAACGCCAAGAUGUUAUGUGAACAGUAUUACAUGGUAGCCCCUGAGUUGGAAGUUGAAGAAUUCAAUGCCAAAGCUCCAGGCAAACCUAUCCAGGUAGUUUAUGUGCCCUCACAUCUGUUUCACAUGCUAUUUGAGUUGUUCAAGAACUCGAUGAGAGCAACCAUUGAACUCUAUGAAGACAGAAGCGAGGCCUACCCCACGGUUAAAGCCCUUGUUGCUCUGGGUAAAGAAGACUUGUCCGUUAAGAUCAGCGACCUCGGUGGUGGCGUCCCCCUUCGAAAAAUAGAACGUCUUUUUAACUACAUGUAUUCCACUGCUCCUAGACCAAGCCUGGAGCCUUCAAGAGCUGCCCCUCUGGCUGGAUUUGGUUAUGGCUUGCCGAUUUCUCGUCUGUAUGCUAGAUAUUUCCAAGGAGAUCUAAAACUCUAUUCUAUGGAAGGAGUGGGUACGGAUGCUGUAAUUAAUUUGAAGGCUCUUUCAAGUGAAUCAUUCGAGAGGCUUCCCAUAUUCAAUAAGUCAGCAUGGCGCCGUUACAAGACCACACCUGGAGCCAAUGAUUGGAGCAAUCCCAGCAGAGAGCCCAGAGACACUUCUAAAUAAAAGGCAAAACAGUAAUAAAUUACUUCGCUUUCUUAAAAAAAAGGAAAAAAAAAGUCCUAAAGAGGGGAGAGGCAGGAAAAAUUAAAUAGUUGUUGAUUGGGCCAAAGCUGUAAAGUCUGAAUGAUGCAAUGAAGACAGAUAACAAGAUAGAAGAAUCAGGGGAUUUAGUGGCCCAGAGGAUUAAAGCACAUCAAAAUUCAGUUUAACACACGGGUCAACAUAAUUGGUGAAUGCUAAGUCUUGCUAGCAUCCCCUUCACUUGGUUCAUGGCAGUGUAAAAGCCCCAUGCACUCAGUAUACAAUAAUCAGACAAUAAAUAGGUUCAUGGCAGCUGCUGCUCAGGAGCAAAUUGAGGGAGAACACAUUGCAGUGAAGUAAGAGAUGUGGGAUUCUGGGAAUUCUGGUGACUGCAGGAGGUUUGAAACGCUUCUACAAAAGGUCAAGGCAUUAUAUUUUAACUCUGGGAGUGUUCUCUUU